AUGUGGAUCGUGAUGCCGGCCCUCGGCCUCGUGGCCUUCAUCGCGGCGCUGGACCAGACCAUCAUCGCGACGGCCCUGCCGACCAUCGCAGGCGACCUGCACGCCACGCCCUCGCAAUACUCCUGGGUCGGGACGUCCUACCUCCUCGCGCAAACAGUCAUGACCCCCAUCAACGGGCGUGUGACCGACAUCAUAGGGCGCAAGCCGGCACUGUACGGCGCGAUCAUGUUCCUGCUCGUGUUCUCCGCGCUGUGUGGCGCCGCCAAGUCGAUCGAGAUGACGAUUGUGAUUUCCGACAUCGUGCCCCUCGACAAGGUGGGGAUGUAUAACGGCAACCUCGGCGUGGCGUGGGGCGCGGCGUCGUGUCUAGGCCCGCUGUUGGGUGGGCUGCUCACCGACCGGCUGAGCUGGCGCUGGUGCUUCUACAUCAACCUCCCGAUCUGCGGCCUCUCCCUAAUCCUCCUCUUCUUCGCGCUCAAGCUGAACCCUACGCCACCCAGCACCCUCCGCUCCGUUGGCAAGACGUUCGACUUUGCCGGCCUCGCCCUCGUCAUGGCGGCCACGGGGCUCAUCAUCGUCGGGUUCUCCACCGCCGCCGACGAGGGGUUCGGGCACGCAAGGUCGUACGGCGUCAUUGCCGCCGGGGCUGUCGUGGGGGCUGGGGCGAUCGUGUAUGAGUUUUAUACCAAGCGCAACCCGAUCAUCCCGCCGCGCAUGCUCCGGACCCGCACCGUCGCCUUCUUCCUCUUCGGCUCCUUCUCCCAGAGCUUCAUCUUCGUGUCGGCGGGGUACAUCCUGCCGCAGUUCUUCCAGGGCGUGCACGGCUCCACCGCCUUGUCCGCCGGCGUCCAGCUGCUCCCCUUCGCGAUGGGCGCGUCGCUCUUCGGCGUACUAGCCGGCCAGAUCACAGGGCGCUUCCGCAUAGUCAGGCCCGUCAUCUGGACGGGAUACCUCCUCGCCGGGGUCGGCUAUUUGCUGUUCUACGGCUUCUACACGUCCACCGUGUCCUUUGCAACCCAAGAAGGCCUGCAGAUCAUAACGGCGACAGGCAUCGGGCUGUCCCUCUCCCCGCCGAUCCUGGUCAUCCAGGCCGCCAUGCCGUUCCGCGACAUGGCGGCCGCGACGAGCACGUGGGUGCUUGCGCGGAGCUUGGGCGCCACGAUCGGCCUGGCCGUGUUCGGCGCGAUAUUGAACGCUGGGAUUAGGCAGCGGUUCGCCAGGAUCCCGGGGUAUGGUGUUGAGUUUGUCGCGCCCGAGAGCAGCGCGGGGUAUCGCGCACUCCAUGAGCUUGCUGAUGGCGAGACGAAGACUGCCGUCCUCAAGGCGUUUGCAGACUCCGUGCGCAUGUGCUUCGCUGUCGGGGCUGCGUUCUUGCUCUUCGCGUUUGUCUUGACGCUGUUCACCAAGUCGUAUUCCCUUGACAGGGUCAAGCGCCGCGAUGCGGAAAGCAGCAGCAGCCAGCCAGACUCGCCGGCGGAUGACACACACAACGCACUCCGCCACAUGCCGUCUGCAAGUGAAGGCGUGCCAGUGUGGCCUGCGCCGUUCCAGCCCUUGCGUGACGACGGCGCGCGCGUACAGGAGAAGUAG